UUACCCACAGACGCAAGGUCGGUCGUGUCACCGUUGUUAUUAUUAUAGUGAACCAUUUAAAACGAUCUUCUUUCCGUAACAUAACACUUAUUAAUAUCAGUAAAUGAAGAAUCAAUUACAGGUGCGCGAGGGGUCAAAGUAAAUCGGUCGAUAAGCAAGUAAAACGCCCACAGAGUGAAUAUCCACGCCGCCAUUGGUAUUGCGCGCGCGUCGCUAGACACAUUUGUUUUAUUUUCAAAAGAUUUCCGUCCAUAACUACGACUUUCGUUUGUUAAGUGCAGUGAACUGUGUUCUAUUUCUUAAACUUCUUAUUGGAUUUAUGCGGAGUUACGAAUGACAAAGUUGCAUAAUGUCUUUAUCGACGAGUCGUCAACAAUUCCUAGCGUAUGAAUCUCAUAGAGAACAGGAUAUACAAUAUGGAAGAAAAGGAGGCAUAUUUAUUUCAACGUGCAUAUGCAUCAGCUUCAUUAUCUUCGCAGUAUUAACAGCUAUACUUGUCGGCAUAAUUGUAUACUAUAUUACAUAUUUUAGGGUGUCACAACAAACUGGGGAGUAUUGGGACGAUGCUGAACCAUUUGGACAAUCUAGUUCACCAUCACCAGACCUUCGACUUCCCACCUAUGUAGUGCCAAGUUUCUACAGAUUAAAAAUCAAAGCAGACCUGGAAAACUCCUCAUUCCAUGGAGAUGUUUACAUAACUAUAAAAGCUAAUAAAAAUGUUAAAGAAAUAAUUCUACACUCAAAGAACCUCAGUAUUAAGUCAAAUGUUACCUUAACUGAACAAAUCUAUGAGAAAGUUGAAACAAUACAUACAACAAAAAAAAUAAAAAGAGAAGUAACAAAUGCAACCGCGGAAAAUAAUAAUGUAACAACAGUCAAUAAUGAAACUUUUGUAUUUAAUAAUACAGAAGAGACAUUUAAACCUAUAACAGUCGGAGCUCAUUACACAACAACAACGCAACCAAUUGAUACUCAAGUGACGCAUAGUCAUGUGCGUAACAUCAAAAUUACCUCUGUCGUUUUAGCUUCUGGUGAUAGACUUAUUCUGUCCCUCGCAUCAGCCCUCACACCCGAUGUGGAUUAUACAUUACAAUUGUCAUUCGAUGGUGCUAUACAAAAUUCAUUAACAGGCUUUUAUAAAAGUACUUACACUGAAAAUAAUGAAGUCAGACAACUUGGAGUCACUCAGUUCGAACCAACCUCAGCCAGAGCAGCAUUCCCAUGUUUUGAUGAACCAGCUUUCAAAGCAAAGUUUGAGAUCAGUAUUGGACACAGACAGAAUAUAUCUGUUCUAUCCAAUAUGAGGGUUGCCACUCAAGAAACAAUUGAAGAAGAACCAGGUUGGCAAUGGACCCACUUCGAAAGAUCUGUAAAUAUGUCCACAUACCUUGUUGCGUACGUCCUGUCGAAUUUCAAAAACUUAGAAACUAGUUACCUCAGUAAAGAUAAUGUCACGAAGCCAAUCCGUAUUUGGACGAGACCAGCUUUACUAUCCAAAGCAAAUUACGCAUUGACAAUUGUUCCCAAGCUAUUAUCGUUUUAUGAAGAUGUUUUCGGAUUACCUUAUGCUUUGGAUAAACUGGACUUGAUAGCGAUACCGGACUUCUCCAGUGGAGCGAUGGAGAAUUGGGGAUUGAUCACAUUUAGAGAGACGACUCUGUUGUUCGACGAGAAGGAAGGCAUCCCGCGGGAGAAGCAGAACGUGGCCAUCGACAUCGCCCACGAGCUAGCUCACCAGUGGUUUGGGAACCUAGUCACCAUGCGCUGGUGGAACGACCUCUGGCUGAACGAGGGCUUCGCCACCUACAUCGAGUACAUCGGCGUCGACCACGUGAGCCCGGCGUGGAGCUCGCUGCAGGCGUUCACGCGCGACAAGAUGGACCUGCUGCGCAGCGACGCGCUGCGCAACACGUCGCCCGUGUCGCGGCGCGUGCGCGACGCGGCCGAGAUCGCGCAGAAGUUCGACGAGAUCUCGUACUCCAAGGGCGCCAGCCUCAUCCGCGUGCUCAACCACACGCUGUCCGCCGACCUGUUCCGCAGCGGCCUGCUCGCCUACCUCGACGAGUGGAAAUACCAAAAUGCUGAAGAAAACGACCUCUGGAAUGCGAUGUCGAAUGCGACAAAAUCAGACCCCAAUUUCAAAGACCUGUCCGUUGUGGAGUUCAUGAACACGUGGACCAGACAGCCGGGGUACCCAGUUGUCAACGUGCACAGAAAUUACACCACGGGAUCUGUCAUUUUCCAGCAGAAAUUAUUUACAAGCUCAAAAGAUGGCAUCAUUAAACCCGAUCGACUUUGGCAUAUACCGAUCAGUUUCACCACCUUGGACACACCCACUAGCAACUGGACAACUGGACCGAAACUGUGGCUGAAAGAUAGGACUAUCACUACCACUCUACCAUUGAAUGCCACGCAAGCUCUGUACGUCAAUGUCGAUGCUAUAGGCUACUACAGAGUAAAUUAUGAUCAGAAGAAUUGGGAGCUCCUCAGCGCAGGCCUCAAAUCGGGCGCCGUCGACAACCCGAUACUGAAAGCGCAGCUCAUCGACGACGCCUUCAACCUGGCCAAAGUGGGCCAGCUGAACUACAGCUACGCGCUCGGCCUCACCACGUGCGUCAUCGACGGAGAGGACUCCAGGAUCGUAUGGGAACUGUUGCUGAACAACAUGGCCUUCUUGAAACAUAACCUACGAGCGACUUCCGGUUAUACUUAUUUUCAGGAUUACAUGAACAUAAUUCUCAAAAAACAAUUGGAGCGACUGAACUACGGACUAGACCAGCCCAAGGACGACAACGAAUCGUUCUUGGUGGAGAACCUUGUGGUGUGGGAGUGUCUCAUGGAAUCUCCGCGCUGUCUGCAGUGGGCACGACGACUCUUCGAGGACUGGACCAGCAGACCAGAUAUGAAUGACAAUCCCAUACCAAACUACCUCCGUUCUCUCGUCUACAACAUGGCGAUCAAGUAUGGCGGACGGAGGGAAUUCGACUUACUGUGGGACAUGUUCGAGAACUCAACGGACCCGAAUGUUAAGAGUUUGAUAAUCAGCAACCUGCCGAGUACAAGGGAUGAAUCGUUACUGAAUCUGCUGCUGGAGCGCUCGCUGGGCCCGCUGGGCGCGCAGUUCGCCACGAGCGCGUGGGGCGCGGAGCCGCCGGCGGGCGCGCGCGCGGCGCAGCGCUUCCUGCUGCGGCACUUCGCGCGCGUGCAGGCGCGCUUCGCCGCCGUGGACGCCUUCUCCUUCCAGGCCGUGCUCAACGGCGCCUUCGGGUUCAUGACGGCGCAGGACGAGCUCGACCGCAUGAAACAGUUCGCGUUGAAACACAAGGAGGAGUUGAAGCCGAUGUCGCAAACCUUACAGAAAAUAGUCGACUCUGCGACUUUACGCAUCAACUGGAUCAAGGAGUACUCGGAAGGGAUCAACCAGUGGUUCAAAGACUACGUCAUUGCUCACAAGGCGGAUAAAUCGAAAACAGCCACGGCAACACCAGGUUUAACAGGAAAUGACACCUUCAUUAAUGAAACCGAAACGAUUACAACUUCUAGUCCCUAACCAAUGCUAUGCAAUAAUUAAGACCCAAAUGGUACAGAUUACGUUUUUUUGGCGAUAAAAAUGUAAGUAUUUUCAUGUUAAAGUACGUUAAUAAUAAACGGCUUAAUAAUAGUAGUUCCUAAUGAAAUUACAACGAAACAUCAGCGAUUUAACCUAUUAAUGUUGCUUGGGGAGUGAUUCGUUACAUAAUGCCGUUUUAUUCUUUCUAAUGUGAAAUCUAUGAUGAGAGAAAGAGAUAAAUCUAUAUUUAACUAAACACCCGCUAAACAAUUCUUAUAAGUAAGACCGUUAAUAAUAAUUUAUAAUAAUUCAGGUGUUUUAGUUUAAUAAAUUAUAUGUUUAUUAAAAAAGACCUUUUCAAAAGAGGCUUUUAUUUAAUACAUAGACUACAAUGAAUGAAACUUAGUGUACUAUUUUAUUGUGAAAAUGUGUGUGUAACGUUUCAGCUCAAUCGGGUACUGUUCAAAGAUUUUACAGAAACGUACUGAUAAGUGUAGUUAGAUAAAAGCUUGUAGAGAAGGUCCUAUCAUGACAUAACGCUAGAAAAGAUGAAGAACCAAAAUGUGUUGCCAUUGAAAAAAAUAAUUAUUUAUUAAUUUUUUAUUGUCUUGGAAAAAAAAUAUUGAAUUAAAAUUAUCUCACUUUAGAAUAAAAUAUAUGGUUUGUGUUUACUUUAGGUUUUAGUUUUCUAUUAAAAGACAAGGAACAAAGUGUUCAAACGUACUUACAUAAAAGUGUUCUUAACAUAAUAAUUUGUUAAUUUCAAUCGAAUCUAUGUAGAUAUAAAUGAAUAUACUAGCAUUUAUUUACAAAGUGGUGUA